AUGCCACAGGCGGGGCGCCAGCAACAGAUACAGCUAGGACAGGAACGCAGCGAGACACAGAGUAAUAAGGGGCAGCGACAAUGGCGAAGUCGCGGGGGCAGGUCGCAGCAGCAACUGCAGUAUAUGUGGCGGCCAGUAGCGCGAGAGAAAGAGGACCAACAAGUUCAACAGCAUGACCAACAACAGCACCAACCUCACCAACGAGGACAGCAACAAGAGGAGCAGCACCAAAAACAGCAAGAGUCUCAGCAGCAGCGACGAACGCAACAGCAAGAUGGGCCCAACGAACAGCAGCAGCAGUGCAAGGAGCAACACCAGCAGAAGCAACAGGAAAAACAGCAGCAGCACCAACCGCGACAGCGGCAGAAACCCGUCCCUUCUCGACCUGCUUGCGUGCGACCCCAGUUGGCUGGUGGGGUCUCCACUGUUGUGGUGGAGCUGCACCGACUGCAGCGUCAGUUUAGCAGCUCCUUUUCUCUCUUGUCUUGCCAUCCGUUGCUGCUCCCUUUGCUGCAACAGCAACCGUACAGCGCAAGUAAGGAUGGUUCAUUCCCCCGUGAAGCCGGUUCCCACCCCCCAGGGACUCCUCAUCCAGCUGCAGCAGCUCGACCCGCAGCCAACCAUUCAAGCAGCACCGACUACGCGACGCCUGGCGCCCUCGCUUCAGCAGCACUUACUGUCGAUUGCAGCAAGGAGACUCAGGGAAAUUGUCAUCUUAGCUGCGGGCACGGGGCACCUACUGGUGGUGGAGAAGCAGGUAGUGGUGUUCCGGAGGCAGCAAGCUCGAUAUUGUGCAGGUUUGAGCUGCUGCUGGUCCCGACGGAUCCUGACUUUGAUGCGAAUAUGUUACCCGGUGGGCUGCGUCUGUGCGUGACAAUGGGGAGGGAGUAUCCGGGGGCAGAGGCGGUUCUCAAGGACUCGGCUGGGGUAAAGGAAGACUUCAGCGAUGUAGCACACCACGCAGUUGUUGCUGUUACCGCGGCAAACGCUUCAAGCCUCUCUGAAGGGUCCACCGGCUCUCCAGAGCCAGGACGUGCAGCUGAGGAUGGGCACCCUUCUGGACCCAGCGGCCAGCGGGCUGCAGUAGCUGGUACAGCAACAAUAGCAUCAUCAUCUGCUGAAGGCUGCGGCAGAACUGCUUCUCAUUCGUCCUUUGGCGUCAGACAGGAAGGCGGGGCUGCUGUCAAGGGGCUGAGUCGAGGGUCUUCGUCGGAUGUAGCAGUUUUAGAGGUCUGCAAUAAGGAUAUAAACGACUUACGCCGCGAUGCUAUAGAGUUGGUCUUUUCUAAAGUCAUUGAACAACAGCUUGCUCGGCACGAAAGAACAGACCUCGUGCCUACGGUCUACACAAUUGUUUAA